GCGCGCCAGCAGAUUAUUGCAGUACACGGAGCGGUACACAGUCGUCUGAGCCCCUGGGCUGUAAAAUGGACGACGCAGAGCUGUACGCCAAAUCGAGCAGCCUUCAGCAGCAGUUCGUGAACAAGGUGCUGCAGGAACUGUGGCCGGCGCUGGACUGGCAGUGCGAGCAAGGCACUGUGCUGGACGUUGGCUGCGGCGCUGGUGACGUCACGACAUACGAGCUGCUGCCGCGGCUGCCACCAGGAGUCAGCGUCCUCGCUGUAGACAUCAGCCCCGCCAUGAUAGCCAAGGCGGCAGACAGGUUCUCCGGGCCACGUCUGUGCUUCCGUCAGCUGGACAUUGGCACGCCGCGUAUUGAAGAAACCGACGUCUGGAGGCUGGGACCCUUCCCAAAGGUGUUCUCCUUCUUCUGUCUGCACUGGGUCCAGGAUCAGAGACUCGCCCUUCAGAACAUCGGUAAGCUUCUGUCUCCCGGAGGCGAAACAGUUCUGAUCAUCGUGACCGGCAGUCCCAUCUAUAUGAUGUUCGAAACACUGUCCAAGUCCUCUCGCUGGAGUGCCUACAUGAUGGAUUACCGUCAGUUCGAGCCACCUUACGUACGAACGGAAGAUCCAGUGGCCGUUCUGACGAAAUACCUGCAUGAAGCUGGUUUCUCCGUAAAAACAUGCCGCAAUGAGGACAGCAGCUAUUCUUCCACGGAUGAGCAAAAAGUUAAAAACACGAUAACUGCGAUAAACCCGUUCGUCGGCAGGAUCCCGCAGCAGCAGCGGGAGGCCUUCUUACAGGACUGCGUGGCAGAGGCCUACAGUAACGGCACGAUACGCGCUGACACUCUGCCGGGCGGCACCGUCUACUCCUUCCCGUACAGCGCCAUGUUCGCCCACGCAGUCAAGGUCCACCGUGUGAGUCGAGCGACGUCCUACUCGAGCAACCUGCAUUCAAAUCACACAGCUGGCCAUUAGCCGACUGCGUGGCGCCAGUCAGCGAUUGCACUCGCCCAACGGCGCCCAUCGGCGCUGGGCUACUGUGUCAUCGGUGUAAAUCGUUACGGCAGCGAAAAAUUAUACGGAACAUUGCAACUGAAAUAAAACUGCUCAUUUGCUUUUGAA